AUGAUCCAUCAACUCCGAGGCUUCCUCGGUCUAACCGGUUAUUAUUGGUGCUUCAUCGCGUAUUAUGGCACGAUUGCCUGACAACUUAAGAAGGACGCGUUCAACUGGGAACAAAAGCGGACGCAGCUUUCCGACAGCUCAAGGAGGCCCUCACGACCACUGCGGUACCCGCUCUCCUCGAUUUCUCUAUUCCUUUUGAUAUGGAAGCCGAUGCAUCAGCUUGAGGUGUUGAGGCGGUCCAUAUACAACACCGGAAGCUUAUCGCGUACUUCAGCCAGGCCCACUUGGCACCGCACCAGCUGAAGAUGGUCUAUGAGUGAGAGCCCAUCACCAUCAUCCUGGCCAUCUUUAAAUGGAAGCACUACCUACUUGGCGCCAAGUUUGUAUCUACACCAACCAAAGGAGCCUCAAAUACAUUAUUGAUCAGUGGGAGAUCCUUCCAAGCUAUCGAAAGUGGAUCGGAAAGAUCAUCAACUUCCAAUUCAAGGUGUGGUACAAGGUCGGGGCUGAGAACAAAGCAGCAGAUGCAUUGUCCAAGUGACCCGACGACAUUGUAUACAACAGUUAGGAUUUGCACCAGCCAUAGUGGAUGGACAUGCCCCACGUCAUCCAUGAAUAUCCAUCCGAUCCACGACUGCGGACGAUCCUACAGGACCUUCAGACCCAGCCGAAGAGAUGGCCAAAGUACUCCUAGCGGCACGGAGUGCUCUUACACCACGGACAGCUAAUAAUUGCGCAGAAUUCCCCGUUCAUUUCCUUGCUUCUUCAUGAAUUCCAUGAUUCAGAAAUAAGGUGACACUCAAGAUUCAUACGCAAGUGGUUGGGUCAAAACGUGACCUAGACCGGAAUGAAGAAGGUAGUCCGUGACUACAUUGCCGCCUGUGGGAUCUGUUAAAGGAACAAGAGCGAGACCCUGCAACCAGCAGAUCUCCUGCAACUACUGCCCAUUCCCGAGCGCAUUUAGGAAGACAUAUCGCUGGAUUUCAUCGAAGGACUCCCAAAGUCUGAAGGGUUCAGCACUAUCUUAGUGGUCGUUGACUGCCUUAGCAAGUACAUGUAUUUCUCUCCAAUCAAGCACCCUUUCACAGCAAGUGAGAUCACCCACGUCUUCCUCAGAGACAUCGUCCACCUGCACGAGAUUCCUUAA